AUGCCCAAGUCACGAGAGGAUCAUGCCCAGGUUCCUACACUGCCUACAGAGCGGCGAGAGACGCUCCUUGACUGGGACGGCCCUUCAGAUCCAGAAAAUCCACGCAACUUCCCUUUGGCUCUCCGCAUGUUCACAACCGUAACGGUCACAGUUUUGGCAUUGGUGAGCGUAUUUGCAGGCGCAAUAUACGCACCGGCCCAGAAUUAUGUGAGGGCAGAGUUUGAUCUGUCCUACGAAGUUGCCGUGUUGCCUCUCUCCCUCUACAACCUCGGUCUGGCCUUCGGUCCAAUCAUUGGCGCUCCACUGUCCGAAACAUAUGGUAGAAAGACCGUGUUCGUCAUCACUACUCCUGUUUUUAUCUUCUUCAUGAUAGGAUCUGGGUUUGCAAAAAGUAUUGAUGCGCUCAACAUAUGUCGGUUCUUUGCUGGUAUGUUUGCCUCGUCGAAUAUUAGCAACGCUUCAGCCACCAUGCUCGACUACACGCCCGAUCUCCGCCGAGGGCUUGUUCUUGGCAUUUACUAUUCCAUCCCUUCCUUCACGGCCACAUUGGCCCCUCUUAUCGGCGGAUUUGUCGUGGUGGCCAAGGGCUGGCGAUGGACGCAGUGGACGGCGAUCAUGGUUGCAACCGCCGCUUAUAUCCCUAUUCUUUUCACUAAAGAGACCUACAAGAAAGUAAUCCUUCAGAGAAGGGCUAUUCGUCUAGGCCUCGAAGACUCAUCGUCGCAGCGAGUCUCGGUUGGAACUGCUGUGCGCCACUUCUUCACCACGCUGAUUCAACGGCCAAUUCACAUGUUAUUAACCGAGCCCAUUGUGACCUUUGUCAGUCUGUACAAUGGGUUCAACUUCGGCCUGCUCUACGCGUUUGUCAUCACUGUGCCUUGGAUGAUGAGGACAUACUACGACUUUGAUAAGACGAGCGAGUCACUCUCUUACCUUGGCAUGACGAUAGGCACCUUGACUGCCUGUCUACCUUUCACCCUAAUCGAUACUUUCAUCUAUCAAAAGCGGUUCCUAGCCUGGCGUCAAACUCAUUCGGCAGCUGAGAAGUUCCCGCCCAAGUAUCGACUCCUAUCCUCUAUGGCGGGCAGCAUUCUACUGCCGCCCAGCUUGUUCGCAGUGGCAUGGACGGUCCAGUACCGGGUCCACUGGAUCGUGCCAAUCCUGUUCCAGGGAUUAAGCAUGCUGAGCUGCAUGCUGGUUUAUGCUGGCGUCAAUCUUUUUAUGCUAGAUUCCUAUGGACCCCUAUACGGGGCUUCAGCAUCGGGAGCAGUGCAGCUCAGUCGGUAUAUUCUCAGUUUCGCAUUUCCCUUGUUUGCGCUACGUAUGGCCGAAGGGCUCGGUGCCGGCUGGUCGACAUCCUUGCUGGGCAUUUUCACUGUGCUGUUGGUGCCAAUCCCUUGGUGCUUCUGGAGAUUUGGCGACUGGCUGAGGGAACACAGCAGAUAUGAGAUUAGUGACUAG